CAUAUAUUAUAAUUUUCAUAGAACAUCGUUAAAAUGAUAUUUCAAAAUUCACGUGUGAAUUAUUUAUUGUAACUACUUUUCAUUAUGAUUAUAUUAUACAUGCAUUAAAUAAAAAUGCCUCGCUCCUUGUUGAACGUAUCUAAAAGCGGUACGUGUAAACUUUGAACAAUUCGACGAAAUGGUUAACCACAAUUGACAAUUACUUGCAGCGAUCGACGAAAGUCGUAAAUCGUCGAAUAAAACGCUCAAAUGUAAAAAAUCAAGCACAACAGGGCCUAAAUCAAAAACAAACAUGAAAAAUCAAAGUCGUUUAGAAGGAGGAGCAGACGUACCAGACGAAGUAGAAGAUGCACCAAGUCCAUCGACAGAAGUUGCAAAAGUUGAAGUUGAAACAGUUCCUAACGUGGUGGAGGAAACCGAGACCACUUCGAAAACUGAAAACGAAAAACCCGCAGCUUCUGGUGGACCAUGUUGUUUCUGUAUCGCGAGAAUGCCAGGAUCGACCGGGGACAAGAAAGUGGACGAAAUGAUCGACUACGUGCACAAAAAUUUACAAGAAGCUGGUAAAGCAUUGGCCACCUUAAGCGACAACUUUGAACACGAUUCAAAGGUUGAACCCUGA